AUGGCGAAGUCUUACGAUACAAAUACCACUUCUGACGAACUUAUUAAAGAUUUUGGUAACGAAAUCAAGGGCAAGAUUAUUCUAGUUACAGGGGUCACUCCUGGUGGCCUCGGAGCUGUGUAUGCCGAGUUCGUCUCAAAGGGUCAACCAGCCCUAAUUAUUCUUGCAAGCCGCAAUCUCGAAAAUCUUGAAAAAGUAGUAGAGAAAAUUAACGCAACAUCUCCUGGUGUUAAAACCCGUCUUCUACAGCUUGAUUUAGGUUCCUUCGUCAGAGUACGAGAAGCUGCUGAUGCUGUAAAUUCGUGGGACGAUGUACCCAAAAUCGACGUCGUGGUUAACAAUGCUGGUCUCAUGGCAACAGAUUACUUCUUGACCACCGACGGAUUCGAGAGCCAAUUUGGUACUAACCAUCUAGGCCAUUUUCUCUUUACCAAUUUGAUCAUGAAGAAAAUUCUUGCCUCCAAGGCUCCUCGGAUUGUGAAUAUCACAAGUGACGGCCAUCGACUUAAUCCUAUUAGGUGGGAUGACUAUAACUUCGAUGACGGCAAAACAUACAGCAAGUGGCACGCCUAUGGCCAGUCAAAAACUGCCAAUAUGUUGAUGGCUGUAUCACUCGCCGAGAAAUUAGGAAAAAGAGGAUUAUUGGCAUUUUCGGUACAUCCAGGGACAGUUGAAGGCACCAGCCUCGGUGCAUACUGCAACUGGGAGGUAGAUUACCCAGCUUUGAUGGCCGCUGACAAGGCUCUUGGAAACCCUCAAGGAUGGGCUACAUCAUUCACAUUCAAGUCCCAACAGCGGGGUGUCGCGUCACACAUAUUCGCCUCUUUUGCCCCUAAUCUGAAGGAACACAACGGGAAGUACAUCCUUGAUUCAAGAAUUGGUGAUCCUUGGAAGGACACGAUUAAACCUUGGGCUACGAGUAGUUUGGAAGCAGAAAGACUUUGGAAGUUGAGCGAGAAGCUUGUUGAUCAAGAAUUUAGCUAUUAAGUUUGUUGCCGAUGGUAUUCUCCUGUCAAAGCCAGAGGUUAACACAAAUCAGCUUAUUGAUGAGAUAAAUUUGGAGAAACACAGCGGUUGAAACAAAACAGACGUGAUGAAUCCGUAUUCUCAUUAUUCAGCCCUCAUGUUCCCGUCUCUCAUUACGAUCAAGCCCAAUCAGGACAGUCCAUCCCACGACACCCUCAUUAGACCUAGGCGUAAACUAACCUACCAAAGAGCCACCCCACCAAGACGUCUCUUAGACCUGUUAUUUAUUUAUUAUUCGAAUCUCGGUACUAGGCUAAGUGGUUGCGACGAUUGAGACGGGCGAUGCUCUUGUCCCUAUGCCUGAGUACGACUCCGUCCUCGGUAUGUAGGAUUCAUAUCCUGAAGCAGCACUAGCUCUUGAAGCAAUUGAAUCUUCCGAAGC